AUGGAGGCGCUCGUGCAGGCCGCUCUCCUGCGGCACUCCACGGCCUACAAGGGCCUCGAGCCUGGGGUGCUGGCGGAGCUGGUGGAUGUAGCUGCCAAGGCCGGAACUGAUACGGGAGCCCUCGCUGCAUCCUUCGAUCGCUUCAUGACCAUCAAUCGGUUUGGAGCAUCUGGCGUGACUCUGGAGGAUGUAGAGGCCUUUGCAGCGUCAGAGUGCAGCGCCAGCGCCAAGGCCCUCGCAGAGAAGACCAACCUCACGGGCGGGCAGCGGAGCGCCACCACCCCCAGCCAGAGGAUCAGCCCCUACCUCCACACGAAAACGGCGGCCUCGGCGCAGGCUCGCGCCGCGGUGCACAGCCCUCUGCCCUCCCUGGCCAGGGAGUCUGGCACAUCCUCGACCCCGCUGCGUCCCACGGAAGCCAGCGCGCAGCUGGUCAGCAGCCACAACCCCGGGCUGGCCACCUGUGCCGCCGGGGCCACGCUGGCGGCGAUUCGCAUCCUGGGCACGCCCCUGCCCAGCGAGGCCCGCUUCGGGACCGACUCGCUCGAAGACCGGGCGGCGUUGCUGGAGCAGCGCAUCAGGGCGGUGGAGGUGGAGGCCGCGGGACAAGACGGCGCCGAGGCCCACCCGGUGGGCUCAGCGUGCCAGGACGCCACCCUCUUCGUGGGCCGCAUCUGCUGCGACACAGAGGAGGGCCGGCUCAACCCCCAGUCCCUGCUGCUGGAGGGGUCCCAGGCCCUGUCCGGCGGCGCGCGCGUCCGGCUGGAUGUCUCCCGCCUCCCCGCCUUCCGCCUCUUCCCGGGUCAGGUGGUGAGCCUGCGUGGUACCAACCCCUCCGGGCACUGCAUCAUAGCGGCAGAGCUGUGUGGCCCCCGCGAGCCGGACGCCAAGACCGGCUCCUCCCACCCAGCCGCGCCCACCUCUAUCGUCCUCGCUGCGGGCCCCUACUGCUGCCCUGAGAAUCUGGAGUAUGCGCCCCUGCACGCCCUGCUGGAGCACUGCCGGCGCCUGCGCCCAGCCCACCUGCUGCUGGCGGGGCCGUGGGUGGACGAGGCACACCCGCUGCUGGCGGGCGGGCUGGUAGACGAGACCUUCCAGUCCAUUUUCCAGACCAGGUUCCUGGCAACUGUCGAGGCCUUCUCGGGGGCCUGCCCCGGCACGCGCGUGCUGCUGCUCCCCUCCCCACGCGACCUCCACCUCCCGCCCGUCUUCCCCGCCCCCGCUCCGCGUCUGGCCGCCCCCGCCACUCCUGCUCUCACCCCGCUGCCCAACCCCACGACAAUCAUGUUGGAGGACGCGGGCCUCGCCCUGGGCUGCACCUCCGUGGACUGGCUGAUGGCGGUGGGGCGGGAGGAGCUGGUGCGGCUUGACUCCGCCCCUGCGGUCCUGGUCCUGCCCUCUGACCUGGCCCCCUUCGCGCGGCCAGCGCCGGGCGGGGCCACCCUGUGCAUCAACCCCGGCCGCGCCGCCAAGGGCGCGGGGGCCGGCACCUUUGCCCACCUCUGCGCCGCGCCCGGCGAGCGUGCCUGCGACGCGUUGCGCUGCGACAUCCUGCGCAUCUGA